AUGCCGCCUAAGCAGCAGCAGACUAAGGGAAAGGCCUCGUCGGCACCUGCUAAGAAGAAGGAGGGAGGAUCUGGAGGAAAGGCCAAAAAGAAGAAGUGGUCCAAAGGAAAAGUCAGGGAUAAGCUAAACAACUUGGUCCUGUUCGACAAAGCCACAUAUGACAAACUGUACAAAGAGGUCAAAUCCUACAAGCUCAUCACGCCAUCUGUUGUUUCUGAAAGGUUAAAAAUUAGAGUUUCUCUUGCGAAAUCAGCUUUGAAGGAACUCCAGCAAAGUGGAGUUAUCAAACUGGUAGAGAAACACCACGCUCAGUGGAUAUACACUCGAACAACCAAAGAUGAAGCUGAGUGA